AUGCUCACGCUUAGUCCUGGUUCGGUCUGCGAUGUCUGCGCAGAAGAGUACGGUCCGCACUGUGUUCCUCACUCAAUUCCUUGCGGUCACGUCCUCUGCUCUAGUUGCUGCCAUAAAAUCGUAGAAAAGACAUUACCUCGUCUCCAACCCGCUUGUCCGUUCUGUCGGGAUCAUUUCACCAGCGAGGAUGUGCGUUUGAUCCGCAUUGAUUUCUCAGCAAGUGGAUGGGCCACUUCUCGGCGGCGAGGUGGCCUCACUGAGGCUCUUGACAUUGCUGACCGCUCCACACCACGACGGGAAGAUCGUUUUCCCUUCGUCGAGCCGAGCUCCUCGCGUACCCGUGCAGAAGCUCGCAGGCUGGAGGAUAAAGUGGCCAAAGUAGCCGCUAAAAAAUGCUCAGUGGAAGAGGUUUCGACUCUACACAACGAGCUACAAGACUGGUUGACUCAUGAUGAAAAAUCUAAUGACCAGUUGAACUCUUCUUUAUCCUUGAGUGCUGCGCUGCUCAGGGCGAUUUUGAUGAAUCAUUUCGCUCAUUCUGAAGCCACGAAAUUGGCCAAGACCGUCGAGGCCGCCCUAAAAGGGAAGCUAGACGACGCUGAAACGACUGUCACCAAGCUAGAAGCCGAUCUAAAGCAGUACCAAGCCCUUCACAACCAAAAAGUACAAGAAUGCCAGGCUCUUCGAGCAGAGCUUAGCCGUUAUACUCUUAAGUCCGCUUCGUCUCAAGUCACAACGCCACCUGCCCGUCCCAGCACCGCCGCUCCAACUGGAUUAAGCGAGCGGCGCCAAUCAGUCUCUUCAUCCGCGGCAUCCACGUACAAUGUACCAGCUAUGCCAUCCAUGCUCUCGCGCUUUGCGGCGACUCAUUCUCGAAGUGCCUCUACAUCUGUGUCUGGAGGGUCGAGACCAACGACCCCAGCACGGAUGACGGCACCACCGAUGAGGUCUGAGACUCCAACGCAAGCGUCUGUGCUGUCGGCUCGUUUACGUGCUACGUCCCCAAUCCCCCCUUCAAGACCGCGGACGAUUUCCAUCUCCGCGACGUCACCUCAAAAAAUAACUCGUUCGCACUCUGAUGAGCAGGAGAGGGAACGAGAACGGAUUCACGAACGUUGGAUGCCGUCGCCGAACGUGGCCUACAGCCCGCCGACAGGUAAAACUAUCAAUUAUCCACCCUACUUUGGUUCGUCCCAAGCUCCCGGCCGUGCCCGCUCCUCGUUCUCAACAAACGCUGCAUAAAAUUUUUCCCAUUUUGGAUUUGUCUUUGCUUGGUUUCAGUCUAGCGGUCUCAGGACUACUACUCUACUUGUCUCAUAUUGCUAUCUGUCGCCUAGUUCUCGUUUCCGUCUCUCUUCCGUUUCCCUGGCAUGUUUCUCAUCUGCAUCAUAUCAUUGGCGCUGCUCCUUAUACUAAUGUUUUAUUUCUUGUAUCCUAUCCAUUUCGCCUUCUUGACAGCAUUGGCUUUGGCAGGAUUUCUCAGCCAUACCGUAUUCGUUCGUGUUACUUAUUUCCUUUGAACAUUUCAUCCUUAAUAAGGAGCGCGUUUGAUUGCACAGCACACAUUUUCACGUAGCAUUGCGUUUUUCCUGCUUUUAUUGUCAUUAGUGUUCCUUGCUCUCGCUUAUCCCUUUUCAGCCAUCCGUCCCGCUUCCAUUUCAUCUGCUCGUCAUCGCUUC